AUGGCGCAGAAGGCGCUCCAGAGCUCGGAACAGCCGCCGGCUCAGCCCGCAUAUGUCCUGCGUGGACACUCGGCCCAGAUCCACGCCAUCCACUUCUGGCGAGACAACACCCGCCUGUUGACUGGCGAUGCCGAUGGCUUCGUCGUGGUCUGGAGCACCGCGACCAAGCGGGCCUCCGCCGUGUGGAAAGCACAUUCAAACACCAUUCUGGGCCUGGGAAGUUGGGACGAUGAUAAGAUCAUAACUCACGGCCGAGACAACAAGCUCUCGGUAUGGCAGGUCAAAGAGGAUGACGAAGCCAACCUGUCCACCACCUUACCCAUCGACGACGCGAUAGCAGGCCGGAAACCACCAUGGCUUCUCCAUAGUCUGGACGUGAACGCUCUCAACUUCUGCUCGUUCGCCAUGAUCCCCGCUGAACCGCAUGGCCACAACGAUCUCCCCACAGACGGCAUUUUUGUCGCCACUCCAGGAGUUCAAGACGGCCACAUCAACGUCACCUCCCUACCGGAAGAAGAACGACUAGCUACCAUUCCCUCACCACAGGGCGAGAGUACCGGCAUGACCAUGGCGAUUGCAAUGUCGUUCCAAGAUGGCGAGUUUGCGAGCUACAUCCAAGAGCUCCUCGUCGUGGCGGGUUAUGAAUCUGGCCAUGCAUGUGUGUGGCAGCAGAAGGGAGCCCGAAGGUCCUGGAGAUUGGUGUACAUGCACAAAUAUCACUCCCAACCAGUUCUGUCGCUCAGUGUGGCCAAGACCCAAGGCGCCUUUUUCACGUCCUCUGCAGACGCCAUUAUAGCAAGACAUCCAUUGAGCAAAGGCGGAACGCAGACUAAGACUGUCCAGACCAAGCAUGCUGGUCAGCAAGGGCUGACGCUGAGAAAGGACGAGAAAAUUUUUGCGACAGCCGGAUGGGACUCGAGAGUGAGGGUGUAUUCUGUCAAGACGAUGAAAGAGCUGGCUGUGUUGAAAUGGCACAAGGAAGGGUGCUACGCAUUGGCCUUCGCUGAUGUGGGCAGUCAGUCUGCCGGCGGUGAGGUCGAGAAGCCGACUUCGAGUGAACGUGGAACAGAGAGCGCCAUGACGGUCGCCGAGCAGAGAGAGCACACUGCCAAGACGACCCACUGGCUUGCAGCUGGUAGCAAGGAUGGUAAGGUGUCGUUGUGGGAGAUUUACUGA